AUGACAAUCAGCGGAAUUGGCAACACCAAGCGCGUAGAGCACGAAGCGUACGUGAGCGUCUCUUACCGUAUUUCAUCGUUCUCCGUGAAGUGUUCGAUGCUGAUUCUUCCGGAAAUCAUCGUAAAACUCCAACAGUUCCCCGUCGACACCAGUCAAUGGUCUAUAUCGGAGCACGUCGAUCUCGCCGAUCCCACUUUCGCGGUCACCACUAACAUCGACAUGAUCAUGAGUACCACACACUUCUUCCGUGUCCUUCACUACGGCCGAAUAUCUCUCGGCAACGAUCUUCCGCUGCUCCAGAACACCGAAUUCGAAUGGGUCAUCUCUGGAGGGUACAUGCUGGAAAACCACGACCACGAAGAUCCCCAUAACUGGCAGUUCAGCAAUCCCUGCACAAUCGACGAGCUGGUCAACCGCUUCUGGCAGCUAGAAGAGGUGCAGCAGUCAAAAGCAGAUGGUCGCUACGUCAUCAAGCUCCCAAAGCGAGAAGAGUUGCUUCCCCAGUUGAACAACAAUUGGUACAACGCGACUCGGCGAUUCUUCUCUUUGGAACGAUCGCUUGCCAGAGAUCCAGAUAAGCACGCCAUGUACCAAAUGUUCAUUCACAAACUUCAAGCACUCGAGCACGUGCGGGAAAUUGAUCCCAAAGAGCGAGACAGCAAGCCUCGCUUUUAUAUUCCCCGUUACGCAGUCAUCAUGAUGGGCAGCACUACUACCAAAUUAAGAACCAUCUUCGAUGCGCCUUGA